AGUCACCAAAAAGGCACAGGAUUGCUAUAGGCUGAUUGGCGUUCACAAUCUCACACCGAAAACUAGGCGGAAAUAUCUCUCCAAUUGAGGUGUCCUGCCAAUCACCAUCUGGAGUACAACCUACGGGUCGCACACGCGGGGCACUUACCGAAUACAGUUAAUGAUCUCGAUAGCUCAUCGAACCUUGCCCUCUCCGUAUUCUUAUACCCACGGACUCGCCGGGGAUCAGGUUCACUGCCUUUUUCCCUUUCGAGUCUACAAGUUUGCUCUUUUCCCCUUUACGGAUUUUCUCCUCCUGGUCCAAGUUCAAGUCUUUGAGAGAAGUGGAGCAAACAAGAGGCAAAAGCAGCAAAAACAGUGUCUGAUCAUCGUCUGAUCGAGGCCCUAACUUUGAGAGAACGAAAACAGACAAAGACCGAACCAUGGCGGCAGUAGGCAAGUUCGUGUUUGUCAACUACACCGGCGAACCAGAUGUCGAGGCCAAGCAAUCUCUGCCAACCGUGAGACAGCAUGUUAUGCAUGACUUUUUCCGGCGGCAAAGGGAGGCAGAUAACGGCGUUUCUCCAGAAGAGGUUCCUGUGCUAGAGGUUUCAGCUGCAAAGACGAAGGACACUCGCCGGCGAAAUACCAACACUCGUCAGGCUGCGUCUCAGCCGCGCCUCAAGCGCCCUUCCGUAAAAAGAGCAUCACGAGCUCGCAAGGAUCAACCUCAACUACAUCGCCAGUCAUCUUCCUCGUCGACUGAAUUGAUAUUUCUUCAAGAGUUUCCUGAAGGAAGUCCAGUAUCAUCCGGCAGGACUCCACCUCUCGACGAUUCUGACUCGUCCCCGCUUGGUCUCACAGACACGAAUAGCUAUACCGAUUCGUCAUCACCAUUCUUCUCAGCUGCACAUUCUAACCCUUCCCCGGACGUAUUUGACGUGGUCUCACCACAAUCCACUGCCCUCGUUCAGAUUAACUCGCAAGCAUCUCCUGUGUUUUUCCAAUCAGACCAGUCUGCGCUGUUACAAGCGCCGAAUCCCUUCCUCCAGAGUCCGGCUGUUCAUCGUUGGGAUCCAUUUAACACACUCCCACUAAACGGACUAGCCGUAGAUCAACUGGCGAGUUGGCACUUCCACCGACCCAUUAAUAGGAACAAUAUCUGGGAGAGCAAGGUUCUUUGGCUUGACAAAGUCGACAGUCAUUUCAGAAGGGGUCUCUGGAGCAUCGCGCUUACAAGUACACCGCUAUUCCACGUCCUUCUCUGCAUUGCAGAGAUGAAACGCAGUGUUACGACCGGUGAUCGCAACCAGAUCAGUUACUUUGAGCACAAGAUUGCUGCCAUGCGUGCGGUCUCUCAAGGUGUUUCGAGACUGUCGAGUCUUCCUCAAUUCACAGGCAUGAAUGGCAUGUCAUUACCGACGGACGACACUUCUGGCUUGGAAGAAACAUCAUCAGACACCUUUGUGAUGUUGGUGGCCAUCCAAGUGAAUCUGGCCCUGGGCGAUAAGGAGUACGAUGCCGCAAAGACACAUAUGCGAUGUGUGACCGACUUGGUAAACAAAGCCGGAGGCCUUCAAUCGUUUGCGUUCACGCAAUGGCGCCACACGAUCUGGAACGAUCUAAAGCUAGCCUCGGCGCUUUUGGAACGACCAAUGCUUGAAUACGGCCUCCGUAUGGAAUCCGCAAACGCCACUUUCCCCUCUGAAGUCAACAGCGAAGCCCACCGCCUAUCGUUGGAAACGGUUCGCAUGAUUCCAACAUCGGAAACGUUGACAUCAGCCAUGGCUUAUGAUAUGUUCAACCGUCUUCAUCAACUCUGCCUCGCGUUCGACACUACCCUGAGCCAAGAAUCCCACUUCCUCGCCGUCGAGAACACUUUCUAUACUCUUGUGUACCAGCUGUGCAACUUGAUCGCAGACAGCCAAACACAAACCGAAUGCAGUGACACAGACAUGUUGGUCCUGGGUGCCCAACUCAGUACCUGGAUGUGCAUGCCUUCCUUGGUAAACAUGCGCGCCCUUUUCAACACAGUCAUCAACACCAUCCAAUCAAAACUAGUAUACCGCAUCUGGAACGGCCUCAAGCCAGACCUCAUCAUCCAAUGGGAAGCUGCCGCAAAACUCGACUCGCUUCUCUGGAUCCUAUUCCAAGCUUCAUCUGCAGCCAUCAGUGUCUGCUCGUCAGGCGAGACCUGGAUGCCGACGUACAUGCUGGAGUCUCUGCUCACCACAACCAAGCAAGUGGCGAUGCGAUUACAGAUCCACAGCAUGGCACAUUUCGAAAAGACGUUGAGGAAUUUCCCUUACAGCGAGAAUGUGUUUGGUGAUGACUGUAGGAUGAUGUGGAGGCAGAUGGGCUUGGAUGAUGUUGUUGCUAUCGAGGGAAUGGUAUCACCUGCUUCGAUGAUCAUGGAACAGGUGUAGACACUUUCUGUUGUUGAGCAUUGGGAGAAUGGCAGUAGAGGUUAUCCCUCCUGCCCAAGGAGUUUCUUCGUUUUACUUUUUCUUCUUCUUCUUCCUUCUUCUAUUCUUCUGACGCUUAUGAGACGUCUUUUGUACAGCUCAUGCUGUCUUUUGCAUCUUAUGUUCUCACGGCCUUUUGUAUCCUUUGCAACGCACUUUCCCCAAUCAGUAAUCCUUCAUAUAUCUUCAUAUUCUCAUAUUUUCUACCUCCUUCAUCACGUGUAUCCUAGCCUGCUUACUAAAGUCUUGUGUGUCCAUGCAAG